CGCCAACCGAGGGUUGAUUUUAACCGAAACCCGACCAAAUAGAAAACCGAUUCUUUUUAAAAUUAAGCAAUUUUUUCUCUUUAAAAAAAUGUCAUCUUUUGCUGAUUAUUGAUUCGCGCGGAGUGGUUAAAUGCACGUGAUUGUGAUUCUCGAACAGCCUUCGCGAAUAGUACAGAAAAUAUUAAUCGAAAAAUGUGGGAAAAGGGUUGAAACGGCAGCGAAAUGUUACCAGAAGCGACGGUUAUAGAUUCGAGGUGACAGUGGGAAAAACCGUCAAAAUUUCCGCUACAAUGCCCGGGGGUCGUAGGGGGCUGGUCGCCCCUCAGAAUACGUUUUUGGAGAAUAUCAUUCGUAGAUCUAAUCAACAACCAGACAGCAGUUUCCUCCUAGCAAACGCACAGAUAGUCGACUAUCCGAUCGUCUAUUGCAACGAGUCCUUUUGCAAAAUUUCGGGCUACAAUCGGGCCGAAGUGAUGCAAAAAUCUUGUAGAUGCGCCUUCAUGUUUGGCGAACUCACGGACAAAGAGACGAUCGGCCGAGUGGAUCACGUGCUCGAACAUCAGCUGCACGACCAGUUCGAAAUUUUGCUCUACAAGAAAAAUAAGACUCCGCUAUGGCUGCUGCUCCAAAUAUCUCCAAUCAAAAACGAGAGGGACCUAGUUGUACUGUUCCUGCUUACUUUCAGGGACAUUACGGCUCUCAAACAGCCUAUAGAAACCGACGACUCAAAAGGAGGACUAUCGAAAUUCGCCAAGCUUGCAAGAUCAGUAACAAGGAGCAGAUCGGUGCUGGUGUCUCAAUUCUCGUCGCACCUGCCCAACCUCAAAGAUACAACGAAACAGUCGCACCUGGCACAAAUGAUGAGUUUGAGCGCAGAUAUUAUGCCUCAAUAUCGGCAAGAAGCUCCCAAGACCCCACCACACAUCCUACUGCACUAUUGCGCCUUCAAAGCCAUUUGGGAUUGGAUUAUUCUUUGUUUAACUUUUUAUACUGCUAUUAUGGUUCCUUAUAAUGUAGCUUUUAAGAACAAGACGUCCGAAGACGUCUCCUUGUUGGUUGUGGACUCAAUUGUCGAUGUGAUAUUCUUUAUUGACAUAGUACUUAAUUUUCAUACGACAUUCGUCGGACCGGGAGGCGAGGUCGUUUCCGAUCCGAAAGUGAUCCGGAUGAAUUACUUGAAAAGCUGGUUCAUUAUCGAUCUGCUGAGCUGUUUGCCUUACGACGUUUUCAAUGCUUUCGACCACGAUGAAGACGGCAUAGGAAGCUUAUUUAGUGCUUUAAAAGUAGUGAGACUUCUACGACUAGGAAGGGUUGUCCGUAAAUUGGACCGCUAUCUCGAGUACGGAGCCGCUAUGCUUAUACUUUUGCUGUGUUUUUACAUGCUGGUCGCCCAUUGGCUAGCUUGCAUAUGGUACUCGAUAGGCCGGUCCGACGCCGACAACGGAGUCCAAUAUAGCUGGCUUUGGAAACUGGCCAAUAUCACCCAAAGCCCUUAUUCUUACGUUUGGCCUAACGACUCUAGUACACCGGAACUUAUCAACGGGCCGUCAAGAAAAACCAUGUAUGUUACAGCACUCUAUUUUACCAUGACUUGUAUGACAUCGGUGGGUUUUGGAAAUGUCGCCGCCGAAACCGACAACGAAAGAAUAUUUACGAUUUGUAUGAUGAUCAUUGCAGCUUUGCUGUACGCUACAAUUUUCGGUCACGUAACCACAAUAAUACAGCAAAUGACGUCAGCAACUGCAAAGUACCACGACAUGCUCAACAAUGUCAGAGAGUUUAUGAAGUUGCACGAAGUACCAAAAGCCUUAUCGGAAAGAGUAAUGGACUAUGUUGUGUCUACUUGGGCAAUGACCAAAGGUUUGGACCAAGACAAGGUUUUAAAUUUUUGUCCAAAAGACAUGAAAGCAGACAUUUGCGUCCACCUCAACCGCAAAGUCUUCAACGAACAUCCUGCUUUUCGGUUGGCAUCAGAUGGUUGCCUCAGGGCUUUAGCAAUGCACUUCACAAUGUCGCACUCAGCUCCAGGCGAUUUACUCUAUCAUACAGGCGAAUCAAUAGAUUCUUUGUGUUUUAUUGUUACUGGAUCUUUGGAAGUUAUUCAAGAUGAUGAAGUUGUGGCUAUUUUAGGCAAAGGAGAUGUGUUUGGGGAUUCUUUUUGGAAAGACAACGCUGUAGGGCAAUCAGCAGCCAAUGUCCGAGCUUUGACCUACUGCGACUUGCACACAAUAAAGCGAGACAAAUUACUCGAAGUUUUAGAUUUCUAUCAAGCUUUUGCCAAUAGUUUCGCCAGAAAUUUGAUUCUCACAUAUAACCUUAGACACCGCUUGAUAUUUAGAAAAGUAGCCGAUGUAAAAAGGGAAAAAGAAUUAGCUGAGAGAAGGAAAAACGAGCCGCAACUGGACCAAAACCAAGAUCACUUAGUAAGGAAAAUCUUUUCAAAAUUCCGAAGAGACAGAAGUCAGGCGGCGGCGGCGGCAGCUGCCGCCGCCCCAACUCAAAGCGACGUAGAGAAGGGCGGCGAGGACAGUGACAAAAACAUCACCAGAGUCGUCUCAACUACGAAACUAUCAUCGGUGGCGGAAAAGGACGACAGUAGCGGCGGCGGAGUGAAAACCACAGUCACCAGACCUUCAUCAGUACGCGGGAGUAAAUGGAGCAGACUCUUGGGUUCAGCCAGUUUGGAUUCAGGCUCGGAAACCUCGGCUCAAACAGCGGCGGCCUUUCAACGCAGCCUCAGCGCCAAAGAUCCAAAAGACCGACCCAGUUCGUCAUCAUCGGGCAGUUCCGGCACUCAACCCGCACCUGGAUCUGGCAACAAGAUAUUUCCCAAGUUGCAAAAGGUUUCUGCAACUUCUAGUCCAGCAAUAACAAGGCAAGAUACCAUCGACGAAAUGGUAGAAGUAGAACAACCAAGAAACUUGUCCCUACGAAAAAUGCAAAGCUACGAUUGCGGCCUCCGAGAUCCAUCAAUCGCCUCGAUGUAUCAAACAGCCGUCCCCGAACCAAUAGCUCCACUAGAAUAUAAAGAAUUACUUACCAACCUUAUGGAUUUCAAAGUAGACGUCAAGCUGGAAAUACAAAAAAUGAACCAGAAAAUGAACCGAAUGGAGGAAAUGCUUAGUGAAAUUUUAAAGAGGCUCAGCCCUGAGAGCGGUUCCAGUUCCCAAUCGCCUGUAGGCGAUUCAGCGGCUGAACCAGCGAAAAAGUCUUCCAACAAUAAUGCGGAAAGGCCAACUGAGCUUUUGAGUGGUGGUACCGGUCUAGGCACGGUGAUAUUAAAGAAAAGACGAUCGAAAACGCGAAUAAAAGGAUCAGCACCACAAGUACCAACACCAACAAGUGGCAAGCAGGUGGCAGUAACGUCGCCGGACAGUUCCAGUCCGACUGAAAGUACAAAGAUGUUGCACUUGCAGGAACCGGUGCCGGUACCGUCCUCGCGCAAGCCCAAGGAAUUUCUUUAACGUUUGCUGACGCCCUGUUUAGAGUGUAAUAUAAUUCUAUUAGCCGUUGGUUAGUUUCUAAGUUUUUGUACUUGAAAAAAAAAAUAUGAAAAGCAAUUAAUUCUUUUUUACUUAUAUAAUAUUGAAGUUUAGCUGAGAUAUUCGAGAAAAAUUACCAUCAAUUUUCAGUAUGUUUUACUUCAAAACUUCAAAACUAGAGCCUCAAAGUUUCAUGUUUGCACCUCCUAUAGUUUUUGAGGUAAAAAUUCCAAAAUAGAGACUUGUCAAUGUAUUCAUUUUUAUCUAAUUUGAAAAAUUCCUAACUUGAUUAUUAGCGCAUUGAUCAGCUCGAAUUUUUAGUAUGUUCUACUUCAAACCUUCAAAAAUAGAGUCUUAAGGUUUCACCUCUGGGCCCCCGAUAGUUUUUGAAGUAAAAAUUCCAAAAUAGAGGCUUAUCAAUGUACAAAGAAAUUUAUAACUUUAUUAUUAGCGGUUUGAUUAGCUUGAAUUUUAAGUAGGUUUUACCUCAAACCUUCAAAAAUAGAGCCUCAAAGUUUUAUCUCUGCGCCCCCGCUAGUUUUUGAGGUAAAAAUUCCAAAAUAGAGGCUUGUUAAUGUAUUCAUUUUUGCCUAAUUUAGAAAAUUCGUAACUUCAUUAUAAGUGGGUUGAUCAGCCUGAAUUUUAAGUAUGUUUUACCUCACACCUUCAAGAAUAGAGCCUCAAAGUUUCAUAUCUGCGCCCUCGAUAGUUUUUGAGGUAAAAAUUCCAAAAUAGAGGCUUGUCAAUGUAUUCAUUUUUGCCUAAUUUAGAAAAUUCGUAACUUCAUUAUAAGUGGGUUGAUCAGCCUGAAUUUUUAGUAUGUUUUACCUCAAACCUUCAAGAAUAGAGCCUCAAAGUUUCAUCUCUGCGCCCUCGAUAGUUUUUGAGGUAAAAAUUCCAAAAUAGAGGCUCGUCAAUGUAUUCAUUUUUGCCUAAUUUAGAAAAUUCGUAACUUUAUUAUUAGUGGGUUGAUCAGCCUGAAUUUUUAGUAUGUUUUACCUCAAACCUUCAAGAAUAGAGCCUCAAAGUUUCAUCUCUGCACCCUCGAUCGUUUUUGAGGUGAAAAUUCCAAAAUAGAGGCUUGUUAAUGUAUUCAUUUUUGCCUAAUUUAGAAAAUUCGUAACUUCAUUAUUAGUGGGUUGAUCAGCCUGAAUUUUUAGUAUGUUUUACCUCACACCUUCAAGAAUAGAGCCUCAAAGUUUCAUAUCUGCGCCCUCGAUAGUUUUUGAGGUAAAAAUUCCAAAAUAGAGGCUUGUCAAUGUAUUCAUUUUUGCCUAAUUUAGAAAAUUCGUAACUUCAUUAUAAGUGGGUUGAUCAGCCUGAAUUUUUAGUAUGUUUUACCUCAAACCUUCAAGAAUAGAGCCUCAAAGUUUCAUCUCUGCGCCCUCGAUAGUUUUUGAGGUAAAAAUUCCAAAAUAGAGGCUCGUCAAUGUAUUCAUUUUUGCCUAAUCUAGAAAAUUCGUAACUUCACUAUUAGUGGGUUGAUCAGCCUGAAUUUUUAGUAUGUUUUACCUCAAACCUUCAAGAAUAGAGCCUCAAAGUUUCAUCUCUGCACCCUCGAUCGUUUUUGAGGUGAAAAUUCCAAAAUAGAGGCUUGUUAAUGUAUUCAUUUUUGCCUAAUUUAGAAAAUUCGUAACUUCAUUAUUAGUGGGUUGAUCAGCCUGAAUUUUUAGUAUGUUUUACCUCAAACCUUCAAGAAUAGAGCCUCAAAGUUUCAUCUCUGCGCCCUCGAUAGUUUUUGAGGUAAAAAUUCCAAAAUAGAGGCUCGUCAAUGUAUUCAUUUUUGCCUAAUCUAGAAAAUUCGUAACUUCACUAUUAGUGGGUUGAUCAGCCUGAAUUUUUAGUAUGUUUUACCUCAAACCUUCAAGAAUAGAGCCUCAAAGUUUCAUCUCUGCGCCCUCGAUAGUUUUUGAGGUAAAAAUUCCAAAAUAGAGGCUCGUCAAUGUAUUCAUUUUUGCCUAAUCUAGAAAAUUCGUAACUUCACUAUUAGUGGGUUGAUCAGCCUGAAUUUUUAGUAUGUUUUACCUCAAACCUUCAAGAAUAGAGCCUCAAAGUUUCAUCUCUGCACCCUCGAUCGUUUUUGAGGUGAAAAUUCCAAAAUAGAGGCUUGUUAAUGUAUUCAUUUUUGCCUAAUUUAGAAAAUUCGUAACUUCAUUAUUAGUGGGUUGAUCAGCCUGAAUUUUUAGUAUGUUUUACCUCAAACCUUCAAGAAUAGAGCCUCAAAGUUUCAUCUCUGCGCCCUCGAUAGUUUUUGAGGUAAAAAUUCCAAAAUAGAGGCUCGUCAAUGUAUUCAUUUUUGCCUAAUUUAGAAAAUUCGUAACUUCACUAUUAGUGGGUUGAUCAGCCUGAAUUUUUAGUAUGUUUUACCUCAAACCUUCAAGAAUAGAGCCCCAAAGUUCCAUCUCUGCGCCCCCCUCUAGUUUUUGAGUAAACAAUUUUAAAAUAGAGGCGUGUCAAUGUUUAUUUUUAAAAGGAAACAAAAUAUUUUCUCGACUAUCUCAGCCAAAGAACAAAAUCAAACGCAAUAUGUACCAUAUAAGAAAAAUACAAAACUGUUAAAAAUUAUAUACGGGGUGUUUCAGAAAUGACCUAUCAUCCUGAAACCCCCAUACUCUAUGCCUUUAAAAAAAUAUUCUAAAAAAUUUAUAAUUUGAAUCAUUUUCAUGAAGGUGCUUAUAAAUAUUUUCUAAAAAAAAAAUUCGAACUUUCCUUAUUAAAAACACGUGUAGCUUCUAAGUCAGAAAUCGACCCUGUAUAAAAAGCUAAAGCAUACGAAAAUAUUUUCUAAAAAAAACCGUCCUGAUUUAUUUGAAAGUAUGUAUAUUCCCAGACGGCACCUAAUAUUGCUGGUAUAUGCCCACAAACUUAUUGCAAUAUUCCAGUAAUAUCCUCAGCAUAUUUUGUAUUAAUUUGGUAUAUUCGAGGCAUGAAGUUAUAGGUUAUCAUCUUUGCAUGUUCCUUAAGGAAGAUUUUUUUACAUAGCUUUAUACAAACGUCGGGAAAGAUAUGGUUAUUUUCAGGUCGUCACGCUCUUGCAUAUCUUUGGAUAUGGUCGGAUUUUGAGAGGGAGGUUUUUUUGUGAAUAUCUGAUGAAUAUGCAAGGAAUAUUCAUCAGAUAUUCUUCAAGGAUAUUGCAUAUUCACUGAAUAUUCCAAUAUCCAGUUGCCAUAUGUGUGGUAUAUUUUAUAGCAACUUAAGUAUAUGCCUGGGAUAUUCCUGUCACAGGAAUAGAUCUUUAUAUUUCCAUGAAUAUUCCAACAAUAUAUUUGUGUCGUGUGGGUUAUACAGGGGGUUUAAAACAAAAAGGAAUAUUAAAAAUUAGUAGUUCAUGCUCUUAUAUUGUACCAUAAUAAAAUACACGUGUAGCUUUUUCUAAAACUAGUUUUAGGUUUAAAAACUAGAAAGCAAUUUUAGUUGUUUUUUCUACGAAUUUAUUUGUACGAGUGCGAGAUUUAGGCCAGCAGGCAAGGGGGUAACUGGAAAGUAUUCCGAAGUAAAUGGUUUUUUGGAGUAGAAUUUAAGUUUUCGGCCUCGAGGACCCUGUGCUAACUUGGGAGGAAGUCAAAAGGCCUAAAUAUUUUCCCAGUUUUUUGCUUAUAACUUCUAAACCAUGCAUUUUUUGGCGGAAUACAUCUAUUUAUAAAGAUGAAGAAAAUUAAAUUUCCUUCAAAAUAGUAUAUUACAUACCGAGGUGAUCAUCAAAACAAAUGAAGACAAGGCAUUUCUCUUUGAAAGGUUGCGGGGGCAUUUAUAGGCCCAAAUGGCACUAUUUGAUCAGGAGAAGGAGUAGGAAUUAUAUGUAUUCCGUUAAAACACGUGACCUAAAAAAUAUACGCAAAAUUAAAUAUUUUGUGGUUUUUCGACUUUCCCUAGGGUCCUCGAGCUCGAAAACUCAGAUUUUACUUGACAGACUACCCACAAAUGACAUAAUAACAUAAUAUCAUUAACUUCGUAAUAUUUUCCAGCAUAAAGUAUUUGCCGGCUGGACUAAUUGGAAAAUAAUUGAUUUCAGUCAAUUAUCUAUUUGGAAUGGUUAAGAAAAAAUGGGUCCCAAAACUAUGCCUCAGAAAUUUCUCCAUGAACAUAUUGAAAACCUGAGGCAUAUUUAAUUUAAGUCGUUUUAUCACAUGAAAAAAAAAAACUAUUGCGCUUAUGAUAUUUUGUUAUGGAACUUUUUUGGUAGUUUAACGAAUUUGUAAAAAUGCAAAUAUAUCCUUUUUUUUUUUGAAAUAAUAAUUGUGUUUUUAUUUGUCACCAAUCUGUCAAGAUUCUGGAAGAA